UCGUUUGUCUGUGGUUUCUGCUUGCAUACGCUGACCAUUCAUUUCUCCUGUCGUUGUGAGAACUCAGAAAGCAAGCGCAAGCACAGCAAAGCAAGCACCUUCUUCUCCUUCUCCCUUCCAACUCAUCAAGCAACGCGCAGCAAAGCAACAAGCCAAGAUGGCUUCCUACCGCCCUUCCAAGUCGGGCUCCGACUUGUGCCUGCACAUCGUGUACUCGUUCUUCCUUCUCCUCACCGCCGUGCUCGGAACCGUGGCCAUCGCCUCUCCCUUCUGGCUCACCACCCCCUCUGGACUGACGGGCACCUCCCAGGCCAUUGGCAUCGUCUCCUUCUGCUCCGACAAGAACGACCUGGAUACCUGCGAGCGCUAUGGCGACUCUCCCAAGGAUAUCCCCAUUGAGUACUGGCGCGGCACUGCUGGUCUCUUCGUCUUUGCCAUGAUGGUCACAUGGCUCUGCUUCAUCUUCUCCCUCUUCACAUGCUGCGCCUGCCAGGGCCUCACUCGCCCACAAAUCGGUCUCCUCUUCCUCUCCGCUAUCUGCGUGGUGAUUGCCCUGUUCCUCUUUGGCGCCGGUCUCAAGGACGCCGGCUUCUGCGGCAGCACCAAGCGCUUUGACCGCGGCGACUGCGACCUCGGUUACUCUGGCGGCCUCGGUGUGGCCACGUUUGUGUUCCUGAUCAUCUCGGCCACCAUCUCCAUCUUUGUCAAGCCUGCCGAGGACCAGAUUGCCUAAAGUGGCCGCUGCAUGAUGGCAGAGUGCCCACUCAACACCCGGCAGCGGCAGCACUUUCACACCACCGCCACCAGCAUCGCUUUCUUCCCGCAUAUGUGUGUGUGUGUGUAUGUGCGCCUUGGGUGCUGUUGUUGUUGCGGCGUGUGCGAUGGUUCUUUCCUCUGCCUCUUGCCCCUUGUGAAGUUUGCGCGCUGUUGAGCGUUUGCCAAACAGCUGCCGCUGCCUCACGUUCCUUCCAUUGUUUUUGUGUUGUGAUGUCGCAUGCGCUGUGUGCUGCUUGAUGUCAUCUCGUGUUGUGCCGGCUGUUUUUGUUGCUCCUACCGACGGCUCAAAACAGGGAAUUGGUUUUGUCUGCUUGCUGACGCAAACGGGUCGUUCUCCUCUGUCUGAAGGUGCUGAUGUACUGGCUGUCCAAACCACGUGUGGUGUCCAAACCUCCACAAUGAACAAUUACACAUUCACACCGAGUA